UUGUUCGGGUAUUUUGCCAAUUUUAUCCCGAAAUCUGAGCCUUAUCAUUUGUAUAAAUCACAGGAUGUGUUUAUGGAGGGUACGUUUUUAUAGCAAAAUGCACCAUGUGGAUAAUUUUAAUGCGUUCGUGUCGAAGUUUUGAUUCCGUUCGCUCAGCCUUAUUUCAUCACAUGACUCCCCUCCCCCACCCAGCGCAGGGAUCGGUGAAGAAGGCGGACAUGUUUGAGGGAAAUGUGUUGGUUAAAAAGUAUCGAGGUGGAAGACAAGAAGAUUAUUUGAAGAAAGUUUCGCAUUAUUUUGGGAUCUACCAGUCGCUAUUCAUAUAUAUUUUUUAUUUAAGGUUUUUAUGUCGUACUUUUGAAACAAUCUCUUUUUGAUAAUGUGACUUAUUUUAAACUGAAUCUACUUUGAUUUUACAUUUUAGAACUGUAGAAAUAUUUAACGUUUCGAGAACAUGGUGUUUCUUUUACUAGUUUAUUUGAGUGACAUUGUGGGGAAUUUGUAACCUUGGUGUGGGGGAUGGGGGCAUGUGGUUAGGUAACCAUUUUGUGUGGUUGUUGAAAUGUCCAGAUAGUGUCGGUCGCUUUUAAAGAUCAAAAGUCUUAGUAACUUUUGCGUCUGUUUAUGAUUUUGAUUUGAUCUUGUUUUUUGGUUUACUUUGAAAUACCAGCCAUGGUAUUAGCAUUUUUAAACUGCAACAUAGAUUUUCGUUUUUAAUUCCUAAUGCUUUAACACAUUUGUCAGUGGGAUUGUCUUAUUCGUUUGGUAAAUGCAGCAUUAGCAUACUUUUAUCAAAUGAAUGUGGUCUGAGGUCAAUGAGAAAACUGCUGUGUCAUUCAAUGGAUAUUGGUAGUUCUUAUGAUCCUGUCUAGGUGUGGUGUUGUUAUUAGUCGUUGAGGUAAACAGGGGCUAUAGUUUCGUCGUUAAACAUGCAGUCAGAAGUUUUAGGCUCUGGACUUGAUCCUAGUAAUGUGGUGGCGUUUUGUAAGCCAUGGAGGCCUUGUCCUCUAAAAUGUUGGCCUUUUUCUGCAACAGAUGAACGCUGUUUAUUAUACUCGUGCUUUUAAGCAAUAUGUGUAGCAUUUUGUACGUUUUCCUUCAUGUUUUAUCGUAGUUAUUAUAACGAAUUAUAUUAUAUUACUAUGUGUCACUGUACUUAAGAUGGCGGGUGUGCAACUCUUGUUAAAGACAGAAAUGCGGAUAUUCUGCUAAGCAUAGAGUUCGUGGGAGAGGCUCUUAUGGGGUUCGCGUGACCUGGCGCUUGAACCAAUGGGCUUCUUGGUAUUUACCCUAGAAGCCCGCGUUACAAACCCAUUGACCAAUCCCCGCUGUCGUUUUGCACACGUUGACGUAAUGUAAUAUGAGAAGGAGGAGGGUGGUGUCGGUAGCUUCACAUAUUGUACAGGAUUAAAUUGAGGAGCCAUUUAUCAACAGCAUUUCUGCAUUACAGAAUAGGCUGGGCCAAUGGUAUUGUUCUCUAUCUUUGACGGACAGAAGAAACUUGCGAAUAGGUUGGCCCUAAAGAGUGUCAGUGACGCGUCAGUAUCUAGGGGUGUGGUGACUUUGACUGACGUGGUAGGCAACGAAUAGCAAUUCAGAGGGCGUGAGUAGGCUGACGUAGUCUAUCCAAUAGGGUGAACGGUUGGUCUAUAAAAUAACGGGUGUAGUCGCAUUGUCGCCAUUUCAACGAAGCUGAUUAAAGGAGUUCGCCGUGGCGGGGAGCGGAGAUAACUGACGAACAGAGACGGAUCCAGGUCUGAGUCUAGCUAAAAACAGAAUCCGGAUCCAUCCUGAUGGAUAUGGCCGUUAACCCGCUCCUUGAAAGCUCCCAUGUCGGGGUUGAGGUUGGCAUAAUGGGAGUCACAACGAUGGACCAGAGUUCUGGCACAGCGGGAAAACGCAUCAGAAAACCUUCCCUUCUGUAUGAGGGCUUUGAGAGUCCUGGGAUGCCCCCGCUCAGUCAUUUGAUGUCUUCAGGACCCCCACAGCCCAUGGUGAAAGACCCACACCGGCAGGGGAGGAUGACUAACCAACUUCAGUUCCUACAGAAAGUCCUGAUCAAGUCUUUGUGGAGGCACCACUUUGCAUGGCCCUUCCAUGAACCCGUAGAUGCGGCCAAGCUCAGCCUGCCUGACUAUCAUAAGAUCAUCAAAACUCCUAUGGACAUGGGCACUAUAAAGAAGAGACUAGAAAAUUACUUCUACCGCAGUGCCAGUGAGUGCAUGCAGGACUUCAACACCAUGUUUACCAAUUGCUACAUUUAUAACAAGCCUACAGAUGACAUAGUACUGAUGGCUCAGUCUCUGGAGAAGGCCUUCCUUCAGAAAGUCGCUCAGAUGCCCCAGGAAGAACUAGAGCUAGCUUCUCCCACAGGGCGGAUCAAACCAGGAAAACCUGGCCGAAAAGGCAGAGUCUCCGGAGGAGUGACUACAGCUCAUCAGGUCCCGGCUGUUUCCCAGUCAGCAUACUCACCGCCCACUCCGGAAACACCUGACUCCAUCCUCUCCACCCCCCCACAGACACACAUGACCAAAAGUCUGCCCCCUAUUCUUACAACUGAACAAAGCAUCCCCACCAUUACUGGUCUUCCUCCAACACAGCCAACCACUAAGAAAAAAGGUGUGAAGAGGAAAGCAGACACAACCACCCCAACCCCUGUAGCCAUGCCCAUCAUGAGCACCAUGGGUGUCAGUGGCAUCAACAUGGGGAUGGGCGGUGGGCACAACUCCCCGCUCACCCUCACUUCACUUGGGGUAGAUCAUAACUCCAGCCUCGGGAUGAACCAGGGCAUGGGCAUGAGUAUGGGUAUGGGCUGUGGAACUGUAAUGAUGGGUAGCAAAUCAGCAUCUGGGAGCAGGAGAGGAGUGAGUGGACGAGCCAUCAAGCCCCCCAAGAAGGACUUGCCAGAUUCCAUGGUGCCACCACCAGUGCGCCGCAGCAAGCUGAAUCCCCAGCUGCGAUACUGCAAUGGAGUCCUGAAGGAUCUGCUGUCAAAGAAGCAUGCAGCGUACGCCUGGCCGUUCUACAAACCUGUCGAUGCCUCAAUGCUUGGUCUCCACGACUACCACGACAUCAUUAAGCAGCCCAUGGACCUCAGCACUAUGAAGCGGAAGAUGGACAGCAGAGAGUAUCGUGACUCCCAGCAGUUCUCUGCUGAUGUUAGACUGAUGUUCUCCAACUGCUACAAGUACAACCCUCCUGAUCAUGAUGUUGUGGGCAUGGCCAGAAAGCUGCAGGAUGUCUUUGAGUUCUGCUUUGCUAAGAUGCCAGACGAGCCACCAGCACCCCCUAGCUCCUCAUCUUCCUCCUCCUCCUCUUCAUCCUCAUCUGAGAGCGAGGUCAGCAGUGAAAGUGAGAGCGAGAGCAGCCCCAGCUCUGACUCUGAGGAGGAGAGGGCAAACCGGCUGGCAGAGCUGCAGGAACAGCUAAAAGCCGUACACGAGCAGCUCACUGCACUCUCACAGGGCCCCAUCGUCAAACCCAAAAAAAAGAAAGAUAAGAAGGACAAGAAAAAGAAGAAAAAGGUAGAAAAGGAAAAGCAUCGGAAGAUAGAGGAAGAGGUGACACCCAUUAGACCGCCCAAGACCCCUAAGAUCACCAAGACCCCAAAAUCCAAGAGCAACAGAGGAACAUCAGGUCCUGUAGCAUCAGGCAAGAAGGCAGCAAGCAAGAAAAACAACAAGCGCAAAACCAAAAAGGGCGGCAUGACCUUUAGCGUGCCUCAGCCGGUCCACGAGCCCAUAGUGAGCCAAUACGACUCAGACGAGGAGGAGGAGACGGCCCCCAUGUCUUAUGAUGAGAAGCGCCAACUCAGCCUCGACAUCAACAAACUGCCGGGAGAGAAGCUGGGCCGCGUCGUUUACAUCAUCCAGUCGCGCGAGCCCUCGCUCCGAGACACCAACCCCGAGGAGAUCGAGAUUGACUUUGAGACGCUGAAGCCGUCAACGCUGCGGGAGCUGGAGAGAUACGUCAUGACGUGUCUGAGGAAAAAACCCAGAAAGCCAUAUGCUAGUAAAAACAACGUUGCUGGCAAAUCUCGGGAAGAGAUCACUCUGGAGAAACAGAUGGAGCUGGAGAGAAGGCUGAUAGACGUUAGCGGUCAGCUGAACUCCGGAAAGAAGCCCGUUAAGACCAAACCAGAGAAACCUGUAACGGAGCCGCACAACACCCAGCCAACACGUCUCAGCGCCAGCAGCUCCUCCUCAGACUCCUCCUCAUCAUCAUCCUCCUCCUCAUCCUCAGACACAAGCGACUCAGACUCUGGCUGAGAGGCCCUGUGUUUCCGUAUGACAGGGUCAUGUAAGGGACCCUGGGUAAUUUGCUUCCCACUGAGAGGACUGAACUGCAGUAGAGCUACUGACGAUGGAGCCGCAGGACGGAUCAGACGAGACGGGCAGAACUGCUGCGCCUCAAAGUAUCAAACCAAGAAAGAGGGAGAUGGAGCUUACCCUGCGCUCAUGCGUCCAUCCCUGUCCCAGACACAGCACAGUUGGGAAUGGAUAGUAGGAGGAGAUUGUAAAGUCGUGCCGUUCUCUGGAGAACUGGCCUUUUUCGGGCAGAGCGAGGGACGCACCAUCUCCUGCAAAAAAAAAUAAGGAGAAUAGCGACGCAUGCGUUGGAGGGAUAAGGGUGCUAGAGCCAGAAUUUGUCUUAUUUCUGGAGAUAAUUUCCCUUCUUCUUGUGCUCCCUGUCUUUAUGCUGUAUAGAUAAGAUGUACAGUUAUAUAAAUAUCUAUUUUUCUUUUGUAAAGAAGCAUUUUAUGGAGCUAAUUUAUUCCCUCAUUCUGGGAAAGAAAAAGUAGUGCGGGUGUGUGUCUUAGCUUUUGUUUAGUUUUUUUUUUCUUGAGUGACAAAGAGGGUAGAGGGGAAACUCAAUGAAUGUGUGUGAGUGAGUGUAUGAAUGUGUCAUCUAUGAGUUUGCAUGUGUGAGAUCCUCAUCAUUUUGACGCAGGCGUUGAAAAUCUGUCUGCACGCAGAAGCACCUUGGUUCAGUAAAAUACAGAAUGCAUGCAAUACAGAGGAGCUGGCAAACACCUGCAUACUCGUGCACUCAUGCACUUGUUUGAGAUGGUCGGCCACUGUACAGAAAUGUGACAUAGUUUCAUGACAUGAGUUUAGACAAACGUAUAUCUGUUCCCAUGUGUGCUGUCUUUUUUCCCCUCUAUUUCUCUGUAAACAUGUUGCUUUUUUUCUCCUUGUGACCAAUCUGCGAAUAAAUUGUGAGGACGUGUCUUGUCCAUUCACCCGUGCCCAAAUAACAUCCUGGUUCUUUUGAUUUCUUCUGGUGUUCAUGUUGAGUUUGAAUACGUCAAAAAACAUCUGACGAGAUUUGAGGUUGUAUGAAAACAGAUUUGCUGGUUCUUACAUAACAUUGCAUUUUGGUUAGGUUUCCCCAUGGGUCAUCACUUCUUCGCACCACGGUGUCAUACAAACCAAACUGCUUAUAACAAUUUGGCCUUUAAGAUCUAUGGCAGCUUAAAGUUUAAUUUCUGUGUUAACUGAUUUUUGUUUUAGAGUAAGUUAACUUAUUUGUGUGAAUAUAAUUGUUUGGAAAGUUUUCACCAGCAUCAUUAGUGGAGGACAACGUUUUCUCCUCUUUGGCCUCUUCUUUUUCUUUUAAAGCAAAACCAGUGUGGAUGAUUAAAACAAGCAAGUGGCCGCAGACAGUUUAACAAGUGAACACAACAUCUGGUUUAUUGUGAGUAACAAUGCACUGUUUGUUUGGUGGUUCUACUAAACAAUGUUCUUUGGGUAAGGUGUGUGUCGUUAAUGUUCUUUUAAAGUCGCCUACAGCGUAAAAUUGGAGUUUUAGACGUUUUGAAAGUGAUUCUUUAGCAAGAACUAGAAUGGAGAUUUCUUUUUCACAAUACUGAAGGUAAUCAGAGCUUUUAAAUUGAGGUAUACUCUACAAAAUAUGCACAGAGUAAAUGUCAGGUUUUUAGAAGUGUACAUACAAUCUCAAUCUUGAGCAUGUUUUUGUUCUUCCUUCAGUAACUUUGUCCAGCUGUUUCUUUUUUUUUCUUUUGUAAAACAAAUAUUUUAUUUUGGGCUUCUGUUGUAAAACAAAACACUCCAGUUGUCAAUUCUAAUUUCAUGAAGUUUGUCCAAAACACCUCUGUACUUGACUCCAUUUUAGAACUUCAUCUGUACUCAAAUAAACUGCUACAUGUUCAUCUUUA